UCUUGGACACGGGGAAGCUCUCUCUGGCUCGGUGCUAUCAAGAUGAUGUCGAAGAUGGUCACGAUGGUCGUGCUCGCCCUCGUCGCGGUGUGCGUCGUGCAGGCUACUCCGGACUACACUGGGGGCUAUGGCGGGGACUACCGAGGCUAUGGUGGGGGCUACGGAGGCUAUAACAGAGGCUACGGAGGCUAUGGUGGGAGCUACGGAGGCUAUGACGGAGGCUACGGAGGCUAUGGUGGGGGCUACGGAGGCUAUGACGGAGGCUACGGAGGCUAUGGUGGGAGCUACGGAGGCUAUGACGGAGGCUACGGAGGUUAUGACGGAGGCUACCGAGGCUAUGGUAGUUAUGGUGGGGGCUUCAGCAGAGGCUCCGGAAGCUAUGGUGGCGGUUAUGGUGGGCGACUCCUGGGAUAUGGAGGAUAUGGUUACGGCAAGUAAAUGGCUCUUCUCCAAACCUUGAACUGGGAAAUAUGAAGGAAAUUCGAAACUUGUAGAUUGUACCAAUUAAUAUUUGUUCAGAAAGUUAGAUGUAAUAAAAUCUGUAUUUUUG